GCCUCUCUCUCUCUCACGUGUUUAUUUUGGCAACCUACUGUAGCUCGGACGGACGGACAGACGGCUUAUAAUUAGCAGCUGCAGCGGCGCCAGUGAAAACGGCAGGAGAGGAAGAGGGGAAGGCGAAAACCAAACCACGCAUGCAAUUUAUAGGAGUACCUUGGACUACUUAACCGGCGGAGUAGCAGAGUUCUACUCUACUUAUUUUAGCGGCCUCUCUCUCCACGAGACCUCUCCUCUUCUCCCGCGGUGCAUGCUCUUCCAUGGGGUGAUGAAAUCCUGGGAGCUGCUGGCAGAUCGAGUCUGAUCGCAACCACAAUGUGGAACUGCUCGGCGCCGUCCCCGCUCUUGCUGCCCUUGAGCGACGACUACGUGAAAUGUGAAUCCUCGAAUUCUGCGCCCGGAGCCGCGGGUUUCGACGGAAUAAGCAGGCUCGCCGCCGACUAUGGCCAUCUCUGCCACCACAUGUCGUCGCUUCAGAGCCUUCCGGCGCCGGCUCUCUUCGCCACGCGCAGUUCCGAGAGCUUUUUCGGAAUGGGAGACGGUUCUGCCUACGGCGGCGACGGUAGGCCUGCUGCGUUCAUGCACUUCGGCUACACGCAGGACCAGCCACCUACUGCUGCUACCCAUCCUGUGAGAUGGACGGCAGCAGGCGGCGAGACGAUGGUCUGUGACGGAAGCAGCUUCAGUGGCUCCAAGAGGCGCAAGACAACGACGACGGACAGCCGGCUGCAGGGCAGCAGCGCAAAGCCAAGGAAUACUACUACUACAGCAGCUGCCAAGGCACCGUGCAAGAGGAGCCAGAAGCUGGGGGACAAGAUCACCGCGCUCCAGCAGCUGGUUUCCCCCUACGGCAAGACGGACACCGCGUCGGUUCUCCACGAGGCAGCCGCUUGCAUCAGGAACCUUCACGACCAAAUUCAGAUCCUGGCCGCGCCCUACCCUGGAGAGAGCUCCUCGCCGUCGUCGUCGCGGGAUGCCGGAGAAGAGCCAACGACAGGUCUGCGCCGGCGUGGCCUCUGCGUGGCCCCGCUGUCGCCGGCCGUUGUGAGCCUCGUGUCCGGCGCCGCCCGUGACCGUGGCAGCGCUCAUGCCGACGUGGGGGGUGCUUGGUUCGCUGCUCUGUAGCUCAACUGAAGAAGAUUACGUUGGUAUAGAGUCUAUAUGUAGAUGAACGGUACGGGACACGACCAGAUAAUCGUCACCACGUCCUUCCAUGACAAAUUUACAAUGCUAGCUAGUUACUCCUACGGACAUCCUAGAAUAACUUCACUGGUGAAACGUCACUGGCAAAAAGAGAAUUGUUAAAGCUCCUACGGAUAUCUAGUUUCAUGGAUAAAUACAGGCUCUAGUUUUAUUCUCAUGAUUA